CUCUCCCGCCAUUGUUGCCCACACUCGCACGCAUUGCUCCUCCUCCUCCUCCUCCUCGUCGCAUACAAAAGACGCGCGCGCCUCGCACUACCAGCCGCUGCACCAACCGGGCCUCGCUUGCCCAAGAACCACCACCACCACCUCCUCCUCCUCAUCCAUGGACGAGCCACCUCUCCUCCUCGCCGCCGGCGAAUAGCACCGGCGGUAUAUCCGAUCCGAUCAUCUGGUGGUGUGUUCUACGGGUUGCAGCUUCUUUCGCUGGAUAUAGGGAUCGAUCGGAAGUUUUUUUGGGAUAUGUCGGCGGCGGCGGCGGCGGCGGCUGGGCAGGAGGUUAAUCCGGGCGUUGUGGUGGCGGCGGUGGUGGAGGUGGAAUGGGCGGAGUGCGCGUGCUGCGGGCUGAGGGAGGAGUGCACGCCGACGUACGCGGCGGGCGUGCGGGCGCGGUACGGCGGGCGGUGGCUGUGCGGCCUGUGCGGCGAGGCGGUGGGGGAGGAGCUCGCCGCUGCCGGGGGCGGCGCCGGGGACGACGGGUCGGUGGUGGUGGAGGUGGAGGCGGCGAUCGCGAGGCACGCCGCCUUCUGCCGCGCGCUCGGCUGCAGGUCCCCCGCCGCGGCGGAGCGGCUCAUCGCGGCGGUGCGGCGGCUGCUCCGCGGCGCCGGCGAGGGCGGCAGGAAGGAGAAGGCCAAGGCCGUGGUGGUGCUGGAGUUCCAUGACGCCUGAGACGACAGAUCGAAGAUCUGUUGCUCUCCCAUGGCGCUAGCUAUAGCUAGUCCUAGCCUCUUUCUCUUUUAAUUUGAAUCUCUCUACCUUAAUUGCUGCUUAAUUUUCCUAGCUUGAUUAUAUUUAGCUCGCAAUAAUUACGUGCUCAAUUUGUACGCAAAAUCCUGCAAGUUCUCCAGCUUUGUGUAACUGUGAAGGAAUGGGAAACAACAUUCUGGAGGACAAUGAGAGAUUGAGAGCUAAGGUGGAAAAAAGAAUUCCAUUUUUCUCUGUUCAUGCUGCUCAAUCCAAUUUUGACAUUUUUUUUUCA